GCGGAGGACGAGAAAUGCCCUGUGUGCCGCCAAGACGGUAGCGCCAAUGUGGCCCCGGCCUACGCGAACCGGCGUGCCAUUCUUAAUCUCACCAUGUUCUGCCCCAACAAGUGUGGCCAGUGCUUCAGCUUGCGCGAAAAGGACAGUCACCUGAGCGAGUGUGCGCCGCGAAUUGCUCAGCAGCAAGCACCGGUGAUUUGCGAGCUCUGUGGAGAUACCGUGCCUGCUGAUGGCCUGGCACGACACAUGGAGUCGAACCCUGGCAAGCACAUGGCCGCAUUACUUACACAGGUGAGCCGGCUGAAGCUGGAGGUCGGUGAGCUAAAGGAGCGCUUGGCGCAGAAUGCCGGAGCGUAG